AUGCAUCCCAUGAAGUUGAACAAGGCAGUGACAAGCUCAAGGCGGAAGCAGCGGAAACUAUACUUCAAUUCACCAAGUCAUAUCAGGAGGCGACUGAUGAGUGCCCCCUUGUCCAAGGAGUUGAGACAGAAAUACAAUGUCCGCUCAAUGCCCAUCAGGAAAGAUGAUGAAGUUCAGGUUGUUCGAGGCCAUCAUAAGGGUCAGCAAGUAGGAAAAGUCAUCCAGGUGUAUCGAAAGAAAUUUGCCAUCCACAUCGAGAGAAUCCAAAGGGAGAAGGCAAAUGGAGCCACUGUGAAUGUUCCCAUCCAUCCUAGCAAGGUGGUGAUAGUGAAGCUGAAGAUGGAUAAAGACCGCAAGAAAAUCAUUGAACGAAGGGCAAAAGGAAGGCUGGUGGCAUUGGGAAAGGACAAGGGGAAAUACACUAUGGAAUCUAUGGAAACUGCGUGAUCAGGCUCCUGUCAAAUUCAAGUUCUAUUUCUCCAGCUGUUCUGAAAAUAAACGGCUGCUUCCUGUUG